AUGGUGCAUCAUGUGGCGGCUUUACAUGGCCAUCAUUCUCAUUUGCAGCAGCAGCACCAUUCCCAUCACCACCACUUGCAACAUUUGAUGCGUGUUACAACAUCACCCUACCCACUACAUCAUCAUCAGCAGCAGCAACAACAACAUUCCACGACAAGGUUGGCAACACCUCCCUCACCCCAGCCCAGUCACACGGAGUCCGAGGAGGCCGAUGAUGCGGCCAUAGAUGUGGAAAAUGAGGAUGAGGAACAGCAGCAGCAGACAGCCACAAUGCUGCUUCCCCACAAUGCAGAGGAAAUGGCUGGAAAGUUUUCCCAGACGGCAACGGUAAAUGGUCACUUGAACAACUCACCACAAUCAACGGUAGAGUUGCCAGCCAACAGCAAAACUCCAGCCAUGGAGAGGCUUUUAAAUGGUCUACAAAAACCGGCCCUCAACAAUAACAACAAUAUGGGGGGUUUGGAGGACAAGGCCAACAAUAAUGGUAAUGGCAAUUUCAAUCACAAUGGUUGCCAUCACAUACAAUUUGUCCUGCGUCCUUUUGUGCCCUUGCCGUCAGUGAGUCCCCUGUUUUUAAAUGGAAAUAACAGCGGUGAUUAUGCCGAGGAUGAUGAUGUUACUGCCACUGGUG